AAAAAAAGUUUUAGGACUACCCCUCUAAAAAGACACAUUAACCCCACGUCAUCGAAAUGUGUUGGGUCCGAUUCUAAUUUCUUCACCUUCCCUCGUUCUUAACAGGUCUCCGAGACCGCCAAAGUUUCAGAGCUCAUUCUUUCACAUCGACGGAGACUUGCGCACCUGACAGAUCAUCAAUCAUUAUGACCGGCAGCGGUGUGAACUUGAAGCAAUUACCUGAUGGAUCAAUUAAGCAGCGCAAAGAGCUGGAGGAACGGGGUAACUGGGGAAGUAAAACAGAGUUUAUAUUAACGGUAAUGGGAGCAAUAAUCGGACCUGGGAACGUGUGGAGGUUUCCAUACUUGUGUUACAAAAACGGCGGGGGUGUAUUCUUUAUACCAUAUCUUUUGUUUUUGGUGACCUGCGGGAUACCUUUGUUCUUUUUGGAGACUGCGCUGGGCCAGUACACCAGCCAGGGAGGAAUCACUUGUUGGAGGCAGAUAUGUCCGCUAUUCGAGGGUAUGGGCUACGCCAGUCAUCUGAUCAUAGCUUUCAGCGCCACUUCUUACGUUGUUAUCAUGGCAUGGGCUUUUUUCUACCUGUUCUCCUCCUUCAGCGCUGAGCUGCCAUGGGCUAGCUGUGGAAACAGCUGGAACACAGAGUCAUGCAUGGACUUCAGCAACAUGGAUCCCAGCAGCAACUUGAGUGUGUCCAGGCUGAAUGCAACACUGCCUGUGAUGGAGUUUUGGCAGCGCAGAGUCCUAAAGAUCUCGAGUGGCAUCGAGGAGGUGGGCAGUAUCAGGUGGGAGUUGGCCCUCUGCCUUCUCCUCACCUGGGUCAUCUGCUAUUUCUGUGUCUGGAAAGGAAUCAAAUCCACUGGAAAGGCUGCUUACUUCACAGCCACCUUCCCCUACGUCAUGCUGGUCGUUCUGCUGGUGCGCGGAGUCACUCUGCCGGGAGCCAUCAACGGGAUCGUCUUCUAUCUCUAUCCCGACUUUGCACGUCUCUCUGACCCUCAGGUGUGGAUGGAUGCGGGCACACAGAUUUUUUACUCCUAUGCCAUCAGUCUGGGUUUUCUCACCUCCCUGGGCAGCUACAACCACUAUAACAACGACUGCUACAAAGAUUGUUUUUACUUGUGCCUGUUGAACAGUGGCACCAGUAUCAUCUCUGGAUUCGCCAUUUUCUCUGUUCUGGGCUUCAUGACUUAUGAGCAGGGAGUAGACAUUGCUGAGGUGGCCGAGUCAGGUCCCGGGCUAGCAUUUAUCGUGUACCCCCGUGCUGUGGCCAUGAUGCCUGUGCCCCAGAUAUGGUCUGUGUGUUUCUUCAUCAUGAUCAUCCUUCUGGGUUUGGACAGCCAGUUUGUGGGUCUGGAGUGUCUGAUGACGUCGGUGGUGGACCUGUUCCCCGGCACGCUGCGGCGGGGCUUCAGGAGGGAGCUGCUGCUGCUGCUCAUCUGCUCCGUGUGCUGCGUCCUGGGCCUCAGCCUGGUCACGGAGGGGGGCAUGUACCUGCUUCAGUUGGUGGAUCAUCAUGUGUGCAGUGGGCCUACGCUUCUCCUGCUCUCCAUCUGCCAGUCUGUCAGCAUUGCCUGGGUCUACGGGGCUGACCGUUUCUAUGGCAACAUCAGCGAUAUGAUUGGCUACAAACCCUUGUCUUUGAUGAAGUACUGUUGGCUGUACAUUACUCCUACAGUGUGUGUUGGCACCUUCAUAUUCUCCAUAGUCAAACAUUCCCCACUCAAGUUCAGCAACACGUACACCUACCCUGUGUGGGCCAACAUCAUCGGCUGGUUCCUGGCCACCAUCUCCCUCUCCCUCAUCCCCGUAUGGAUGGUCUACAAGAUGGCCAAGGGCAAAGGGACUCUUCGGCAGCGUUUCCUGCUCCUCUGUCGCCCCGUGAACAACCUGUCGCGCAAAUUGGACCUACCUCUGUUGGGGGCUAACAGUUUGAGCACCCCUACUGAGCUGAUGUCCACAUCAGGGACCCAGCCCUGUACUUGUUCAGGUGGCAGAGACGCUCGGGGAAGAGGUAUCCAUGUUUGGCUCUGAAGCGAUCAACACUGUACAUCCCUGACCCUGACAUCACAAUUCUUUUGUUUUUCAUGAUUUCUUAAGUGCCAGUAUACCUUUUUGAGGAGUGUUGAACGUGGCAAAGAAUGUAUAAAGUAAUCUUACACUCUAAAUGCAGCCUUACAUUUUGGUGGUGCGGGGGGGGUGGUUUGAGACAUGUUAGGUACACAGUGUGGGACUGCAUGGUAAAACUUUUGGUGGUCAUGGUUCAUAGAUACCCUAUCAGUAAUUGUUAUUUUAUAGCCUUGUAAAAUGACUAAAUGUAAAUGACUAAAUGUAAAAACUGUUCACAGUACUCGCUGUGUGAGAUGGAAAUGUGCCUCUAGAGCAAGGGUCUCCAAACCCCUGUGAGGCCAAGUCGGUAUGUAACAGAAAAUUACACUGGCUGUAGUGACUACCAGUUUUGUGGAGAUUUUAUGAUUUUAAAUGUAUUUGUUAGAAUAGUUUAUCAUUUUGUAUAUUGUAAUUACCUUUUUUCAAAUUCAUUGCUAUUGAAAUCAAAACAUUUACUUGCAUAUGCGUAUAAAUCAAGUGUGAACAUAUAUAUAUGUCUCUGGCAUUUUUCAGAAGGCCAGUCCAAAUUCUUGGGCGGGCCGUAUUCAGUUGUUUGGGGACCCCUGCUUUAAAGGACUGGGUUAGUUGGUACAUUCCUACAAUAGAAAAAUUUGUUGAGGAGCGGCUCUUCCGCUGUAUGAAAUCUUUUUUACACUUCUGACCUUGUGAUUCAUACACAGGCCCAUUCCUAAUGAUGUCUCUCACAGUUGGAAAUGUCAGUCUGAAUUGUUAGUGCCCUUGUCACGCCUCGUCGAAUAGGCUCUUCUCCUUGAGGUUGAGCAAGCAGAGCUGUAUUGAGAAACCGCGGGGAACAUCCUGGCUCUCAGUCACUCUUAGACAUGGAACACCUCCUUCUAAACUCCUGCCCCGAAGAUCGGAUGCAUUUAUUGGCAACUGGAAUAGGGUUAUACAAGAGUUUGGUGCUUGUGGUUAAUA